AUGAUUAGUGAUUUGGGUCUCGAUUACAAUAUUUGUAAGGCUUCACGAUGGAAGGAGUUUUCUCAAGUAGAGAGUGAGUCUUCUGAGCAUGCGAAAUAUGAUCAUAAAGUCCCUGCUAAGAUUUUGAGACAUUUUCCUUUGAUUCCAAGAUUUCAAAGGUUAUUUAUGUGUUCAAAGACGGCAAAGGAAAUGAGGUGGCAUGAAGGACGCUCAAAGGAUGGAAAAUUAAGGCAUCCUGCGGAUGGACAAGCAUGA